AUGGGAAUGGAAUCCGUCCCCACUACGGAGACCGACACCUUCGAUUACGGCUACUUGGUGGAUUCCGGUGAUGAGUGCGAGGUGGAACAGGAUUCUGAACCCCGAACCAAUCGUCACUUGGUAUUCGUUCUUCCAUUGCACGGGCCGAGUCUUGACGACUCCUACGAGCGACAAAUGCAAAUACCAGUUGCCAAUCGGGUAUCCGCGACGAAACAGUUGGCCAUGGCUCUAAAAGGCCUACAUGAGGCUGGCAUUGUUCAUCGAGAAAAAUACCAACGCUUUGGCCGACCACGAAAGGUGCACCUAACAGAGGUAAAGGGCAGACUUGGAGAACUGGUUGAGUCCAUGCAAUUUCCUAGGGAUAUGAUCAGAGAAUCAGUUUCCCUGGGCGACUUUGGCGAGUCGAUCGAGGCAGUCGAUUGCGUAGAAAAAACCAUCCAAUUUCCGCUUUUGUACUGCGCCCCAGAGAGAUUUCACAACAUUAGCCCAGGCCCUCCGAGCGACAUGUGGAGCUACACAUGA